AUGCCAGAAUAUGUAGAAAUAUCUAAUUGGAAAACUUCAUUUGAUGAUAAUAAAACAGUAGAAGAUACUCAUAUUUAUGAAUUAUUGUAUUCACUUUUAAAGCUAUUCUUCACUAUUGAGCAAGAGCGUAAUAUUAACUGGGCUAACAAGGUGUCCAUGGCAAGUGCUGAACGAAAAUGUAAUGAAGAAGGCAAUAGUUAUAAGUUAGAUUUCAUAGUCUCUGUAGACAUCAAUGGUGGCAAUGGUAAAUUUGAAAUACUAUAUGGAUUAUUUAAGUCUCCAAUAAAAGCAAAUACCUAUUUAGUGAAUGUAGAUUUG